AUGACAAGAAAGAAAGUGAAGUUAGCCUUCAUAACUAAUGACUCAGCAAGAAAAGCAACAUUCAAGAAAAGGAAGAAGGGUCUGAUGAAGAAGGUGAGUGAAUUGAGCACCCUUUGUGGUAUUGAUGCUUGUGCUAUUAUUUAUAGCCCUUAUGAGAACCAACCAGAAGUGUGGCCAAACACCAUGGGAGCUCAGCGCGUGCUCGCUGAGUUCAAGAGGAUGCCUGAGAUGGAACAAAGCAAGAAGAUGGUCAAUCAAGAGAGUUUCAUAAGGCAAAGGAUCGCGAAAGCAAGCGAGCAGCUGAAGAAACAAAGCAAGGAGAACAGAGAAAAGGAAAUGACUGAAGUAAUGUACCAAAGCUUGACUGGGAAGGGGCUGCAGAAUUUGAAUUUGGGUGAUUUAAAUGAUCUUGGUUGGGUUAUUGAUCAGAAUUUAAAGGAGAUAUAUAAGAGGAUCGAGGCGGUUAAAAAAGGGGCUUCCACUUCUUCUGUUGCAGCAUCGCAUGCUGCUGCAGUAUCACAGGCGGCUGCUGCUCCACCAGUGGUGGAGCAGAAGCAGCCUGUAGUGGAAUUGGGAUUGGAUCAGGGGAUGCAGAGGACACAAGCAGAGUGGUUUACUGAUUGGAUGAAUAGUAACACAAGUGAUCAGCAGCUUGGUUUUGGACAUGGAGAUGAGAUGAUGAUGCCCAAUUUUAAUGAUAACCACAAUGCUAGUAUGUGGUCUAAUGGUUUCUAUCCUUAAGAUUUAUUUUUUAUGUUAUGUGAUCCCCUUCUGCAUGGAGCUUUUCUGGAUUUUUGCUUAUGCCCUUUUCAUCUUUUGUUAUUUUCAAAUAUUUUUAUGGUUAUUACAUAGACUGUCUGGACCUUUGUUGUAAAAGUUCUCUAAUUAUUGAUAUUCCUGGUUAAAAUUUAAAUAGUGGUCCAAAUAAUGGCUAUCCAUGCACUUUGCUCAGUUCUUCGUGGUCAUAUUUCUUUAUUACUUGAGGAGUUCAGUUGUCGAAAGCUCGAAUUAGUAUGUACAGAUUUAUAGAACACAAAGUAAGAGAUCAAGAUCUAUGAGAGCUUAUAAAGUGCGAUAUCAUGAUUCUAAAGAAUAAUCUCACCAUGAAUUCAUUGCAUUAUUAUGAGAUCUUGGACAUAAUGAUGAAUAACUAAUAAUGAGCCUGAUUUGCCCAUUAAUUCAAAGGAUCAUACCUAAUUUAAGCAUAAGGCUGUCUUUUUUCAACUGACCAUGUCUGACAUAUCUUAAUAAACUCUUAAUGCCACUUUUAAGUUUGCUUUACAGAAUAAUCUUAUCAUACUAUCAAAGUUUAAACCUUAUCUGUGGCAAACAUUUUUGAUGAUUUAAUUUGUAUUAAUAUAUCUUAUCCACGACAUUAUAGCAAUCAAAUAUGCAUAAACGUGAGUUUCUCCUAAGAAUUUUCUUUAAUUGACGAAAAUGAGUAUGUGUUUAAUUA